CCAAUUUCUAGUCCAGUCGUUGGCGGUAAUGCGCAUCGAUUCUGGUUUGCCAACCGCUAAUAAACACCAAAGAAGAAGAGGAGGCAAUUUCGUUGUCGCAGCCUGGUGAUGUAUAAAGAUUUUAGUAUGGCUGCAGAGAUCAAAAAUGGAAGCUAACAGAGGUUAAAACUCCAGCUAGGACAACAACUUUGGUGUCUUUUCAUCUCGCAUAAAUAUUCUGCUGUUAUGGCGUCAGAGGAUGAAGUCAGUCUGCUGGUCAUCGUCCUGGAUGUAAAUCCGAUAUGGUGGGGGCAGCACGCUCAACGUGAACCAGAGUUCACCUUGUCUAAAUGUCUGGAUGCGGUGAUGGUGAUGGGAAACUCACACAUGGCAAUGACCAGGACAAACAAGCUGGCUGUCAUCGCAAGCCACUGUCAAGACAGUCACUUCCUAUAUCCAAGUAAAAGCUGGAGAGCCGGGGAGAGCAGUGGAGAUGAUGCAUCGUCCAGCGGGGAUGGAAAAUAUGAACUCCUGUCAGUCGCCAACAACCUUAUUGCUGAAGAAAUGAGGAAUGUUAUGUCAAAAACUGAAGUGAGGGGAAAUUCAACAGAUACUCUGUUGGCUGGAUCCCUUGCCAAAGCUCUCUGCUAUAUUCACAGGGUCUCAAAAGAGCUGGAAGUUGGGCAGGAGAUGAAAUCAAGAAUAUUGGUGAUAAAAGCAGCUGAGGACUGUGCCCUCCAGUACAUGAACUUCAUGAAUGUGAUUUUUGCUGCACAAAAGCAGAACAUCCUGAUAGACGCCUGUGUGCUGGACUCAGACUCCGGUCUCCUUCAGCAGGCUUGCGAUAUAACUGGAGGAUUGUACCUCAAGAUUCCUCAGAAAGUUGCCCUGGCACAGUACCUUUUAUGGGUGUUCCUGCCUGACUCAGAGCAGCGCUCACAGUUGGUGCUACCACCACCUGCACAUGUGGACUACAGAGCUGCGUGUUUCUGUCAUCGUAACCUCAUUGAGAUUGGCUAUGUUUGCUCAGUUUGUCUGUCAAUAUUCUGCAACUUCAGCCCCAUCUGCACAACUUGCGAGACUGCCUUCAAAAUCCAACUACCACAGAUGGUCAAGCCCAAAAAGAAGAAACUCAAGCAGCCUACAUGACUUUUACUGGAAUUACACAAGUGUAGUUUCCAUCCUAGAAAUGUCUUUCAGGCUGGACAGCCUCAUUUUUUUACAUGCACAUGGAGGCUGAUACUUGAAUAUUGAUACUGUGAAUAAUUUUGUUCUGACCUUAAGAACAUCAAGUUCACCCCAACCUGACAAAUACUUCUUUUGUAGAAAUAAUUGUAUUUCCUGUCAGUAUCAUUAUGAACACUUAACAGAUAAAACAUGCAGUCAUAAAUUUGGCAUUUGAGAAAAUAAUAUGUUGUGAUUGUUUUGUUCAUAUUGAUAGAAACAACUGGCAACUGACAACUAUAUACUCUAUCAAUUCACAUGUAAAGAGAAUUAAUGCUGUGGAACUUUUUCUGCUGCCUUUUUUUAUAUAAUAAAAAAAAUAACACAUUCAUUCUAUUCUUAGA